GUGCGCGCAGCCUGACCCGCCCCCUUCCAGCCAGAGAAGCAACUGCUGUUGCCCACCUACUGUUGUUUUGAGCUCGUGCAACACCCUGGCCUCGCUGACGAAACUAAAAUUUAGGUUUUAAGAGGCUUCUGCAUGCUGUCUGUCCUCUCCUGUUUUCAUUUUUGCUGUAUGGUCUUGGUUUGCGUGGUGUGGACGGAGACUGGAGGGCGUUUCUACUAAUUCAUUCACAAACGACAACAAUGGCAGCGCAGGACUUUAAUUUCUUGCUCGCUACGGAUUCGUACAAGAUCACACACUACAAACAGUAUCCUCCAAAUGUCAGCAAAAUUUACUCCUACUUUGAGUGCAGGCAGAAGAAAGGCUCUCAGUUCAAUGAGGUGGUGUUCUUCGGUCUUCAGUAUUUGCUUAAGAAGUACCUCACAGGCCCAGUUGUGACCGAGGACAAGAUUCAGGAGGCCAAGCUGUUCUACCAGAUGCAUUUCAAACAGGCUGUGUUUGAUGAAGAGGGCUGGAGAAAAGUCCUAGAGAAACACAAUGGUCGUCUUCCUAUUCGCAUCAAAGCGGUUCCAGAGGGGAAGAUCAUACCAAGAGGCAACGUUCUGUUUACUGUGGAAAAUACAGAUCAGGAUUUCUACUGGCUCACCAACUACAUUGAGACCAUGCUGGUGCAGAUGUGGUAUCCCAUCACAGUAGCUACCGUAUCCAGAGAGUUUAAGAAGAUACUGGCCAAACACCUGAAGGCUACUUCAGGGAGCGUGGAGGGCCUGGAGCUGAAGCUGCACGACUUCGGCUACAGAGGAGUCUCAUCCCAGGAGUCUGCAGCAUUGGGUGGAGCCGCUCACUUGGUUAAUUUCUGUGGUACAGACACGAUAGCCGGAGUAUUGAUGGCUCAACGGUAUUACGGCUGUCCGAUGGCUGGCUUCUCCAUUCCAGCAGCUGAACACAGUACGAUCAUAUCCUGGGGGAAGAACAAGGAGAAGGAGGCCUUUGAGAGGAUCCUCGACCAGUUUCUGUCGGGACCAGUGUCGGUGGUCAGUGACAGCUACGACAUCUUCAAUGCCUGCAAACACAUCUGGGGAGAUAAGCUAAAGGAACGCGUGAUGGAGCGCAGUGAGGACUCCUGUCUGGUGAUCAGGCCCGAUUCUGGAGACCCAGCAGAGACUCUAAUUGAGGUCAUCAAGAUUUUAGGAGAUUGUUUUGGCUACAGUCUGAACUCAAUGGGAUACAAGGUUCUUCCAUCUUACCUGCGGAUCAUCCAAGGGGAUGGCAUUGACCUCAGCUCAGUAGAUCAGAUUCUUGCUAAGCUGAGUGAUGAAGGGUGGAGUGCUGAGAAUGUGCUUUUUGGCUGUGGCAGCUCUUUGCUUCAGAAGCUAAACAGAGAUACACUUAGCUGUGCAUUCAAGUGCAGCUACGUAGAGACCAAUGGCAAAGGGAUGGAUGUGUGCAAGCAGCCAGUGACCGACCCGUCCAAGGGGUCCAAGCGGGGCCGGUUAUCGCUGAGGAGAAACUCGGACGGCUUCCUUGAGACAAUAGAGAGAGGAGCAGGCAAACCCGAGGAGGACCUCCUGGUGACGGUUUUUGAGAAUGGCAGCUUGCUGCAGGACUACUCUCUGGAUGAGAUCAGGAAAAACGCUCUGCUUCAGGACGACGAGCCAAACCCAAACCUGUACAACCACGAACGGGAGCUGCUGCACAACCACAUCAUCAGCAGCAUCCAUUAGAACACCUGGACGACUCGUAGGACUCACGGUACUCUGGGCACAACGGGGAGUGGCACAACGGGGAGAGCACACAGACUAGCAAUUUGUUUUAAAGCACCAACUACAUGAUGAAACUCUUGAUGAGUCACUGCCAAGAGCCACCAACAACCCACCACUGCAAGCUUCAUAUUGGAGAGCCACAACAUGUCUGUAUUCACGUCCAUCUGCUUCCCUCACUUCCGUCAUUCUUGCACACUCACCUGGUGUUCCAUUAUACUGCAGCAGUAAACACAGCAGCAUUGUCUUGACACUAAAUGUGACCAACUAAGGCUCAGGUUCAGAUAUAAGCUAAGUUACUCAUUUCCAAAAAUGUCUUGUGCUCCUAUUGAGUUCCACAUCAGAGGGAGGCCAAUAUAUCAGCUGGACACAGGAAACAUUUGCAAUUGUUGUUCAUCAGCCGAUGUUCCAGUGAAGUCCGGUCCCGUCACUAGACAGCUGGAACUUUGUGAAUGACAAAGAGCCAUAAAAAAAUGAAAAUAUCUGGCCUUUCAUACAGGAAAGCAGUGUUACAGUAUCAUGUCAUAAUAUUUCCAUAUCUUCCUCAAUCUUUGAAAGCAGAUGCCUCCUGUCACAAUUCAACUCUGGAAUAUAAAUGUGAUUCUUAAAGCUGCUUUUUAUGUCAACGUGCAUCUCGUUUUACCAACUUCCACAUUUUGUGAACUUCAGUCUGUUUAUUUUAGCAUUCAUGUGAAGUAAGGAGGUUUUAAGUAUUUUUUAAGUGCAGGAAAUAACUAUGAAAUAAUACAAACAGUUAGAUCAUAACAGCAGUUCAUGUUCAUACCAUUAGUAUCAAUUUUUUAUUAUUCCAUAACCUUUAAGUUGUCAUAAGAAUGCAACAUUUUUAUUUUUUAUUUUUUAAGUGGACUGAAAUGUUUUGGACAUGUCAUUUCAGUAAUACUGACUAAAUGUUUUCCUGGGAGUUCAGUCCUCGUCCAUUUCAGGCGUUUUCAGACAGCAGUGUUGUCUUCAGUCACAGCCCUCUUACCACCGGCUGGCUCUUAAAGGAACAGCGCUUUGCUGUGAAGAAACCCAUUGCAAUUAUUACGUUUUGUACCAAAAACUACUGUGUACUCAGCAGCUUAUCAAGGGAAAACUGAAAUCUGUGUAAGAAGAAUAACACAGAUACUUCUAUCACAGUCUUAUUAAUACAUACUUAACAUUGAGCUUAAUUAGAAAGCCGUGCUACUGUCAGCUGUUUAGAUUAUAGACCAAGCAGAGAUUUUAUUAUCUUUAGCUAAAAUGUCUCCUUUUCCAGGCAUGGUCCUGUGUCACCAUGGUUACGACUGUUUCUGUUUAAUCGUGACCACAGCAGACUAGCUGACUCACAUUUACCUUGGUGUUGCUCUUGCUGGCUUACAGAGCUAACAUGCUAACAUGUUAGCUUCGGGACUGGACUCGGGCAUUGCUGCUGUUGUGGAAGGAAAACUCAAAGGUCACAUCCAGUUCGAAUAAAGUAUGUUUUUAAUGACAAGCUGGGACAUUACACAAGUGCUUUUAUUAAUCUUGCACAGCUCAAUAUCAUGGCUGUACUUCUUAAUUGUAUGAAAUUAUAUUUAUUUACCAGUAUGUUUGAAAAGGUGUAGCGCUCAUCUGGUUUUCUGAUUAAAAAUGUCUGAUUCACAUCUAUACAACAAACCUGUGUUCAACAUAUGGCCUCAUGUUUUCACACCUUAUAAUUUCCCCAGUUUUUCUUUGAUUGUAUAUUCUGAUUCAAUGUUUAGUAGAACUGCAAUCGUUUUGAUCACCAGCAUGUGAUGUUUUGUUUGAGGUUACUGUUUUAUUUGGGCAUUUAAUCUUUAACUCAAAACUGAUUGGAAACUUUUUAUUAUUAUUAUUAUUAUUAUUAUUAUUAUUAUUAUUAUUAUUAUUAUUAUUAUUAUUAUUAUUUGUUUUAACCCCUUCCUGUUUGCUGGGUUGAUCUGAGAAAAACAACCAGUUUGUUUUGCUACAAGCUGCUUGAAAAGAUUGAUUUUAAUAUUAAACAUCAAUUAUUGAGUGAAAUGUAAGUUUGCAUUUGGCAUCCACAGAACAUAUUUAGCUAACUGAUGUAUUUAUAUAAACAUUAUAAACAUAAGCUAACUUUUGGUAAAUGAAUAGCAAAUGAACAAAUUGACUGACCAAUCUGUUGUGUCCAAAUCUAUACAGGUUUUUUUUAAGUAGGUUCAUGAUUAAACUUACUGUAUUAGCA